AUGUCAUCAGAGUCAUUGAAAUUUAUCGUCGAAAGUCUAAACUCGCCACCGUUCAACUGCAAUACCUCCCUAAUCGGUUUCGAUACGUGGCCACCGAACGUUUUGCUACAGCAGCUGAGCGAUGUGAUCAGAGAAGAAUGGAGAGCAGGUCUGGUCGAAGGUGCAAAGAAGUCCAUUUAUCCUGUGCUUGUCUACUUAUUCUCCAACAGCGAUAUGCUUAAACAGAGGGCCUACCUCGCCAACUGGAUCACGCAAACAGCAAACACUGACAUCUCUAAGGAGACUCCGGACGAGACCGCUCUCCGCAUCCUUUACAACCUUAAAAUUCUUCGAUUCAAACCUCCUUCUGACAUUGACCAG